AUGGCAGGACCCUUCCUGUCCAAUUUCGCCAUCGACGACAUUAUGCAAAGAACAGUCGACCAGUGUCCUGCUGACAUUGUCUUAGCACCAUCAGGGUGCCUCUUGACUAAUUUCGAAUUCGCCGACGAUGUUAUUAUAUUCGCGGAAAGCAGUACGAAACUUCAACAAGUUGUCAGCUUUUUAUCGAAGCUGGCUGCAGCCUACGGACUACGUCUAGGCCCUGAUAAAUGCAACCAGAUGUAG